GGCGCUGUGACCAAUCACACACUGACAGAAAACGGCAGUCUGAGCUGGAUGAACCGGGCCAGCACAGUUAACGAGUACAAACUCAGAGCUCCUUCUGCUCCUCCGGUACUUCUCCGGUGCUGCUCCUCCGGUGAUCCUCCGGUGCUCCUCCGGUUGGCUCACGAUGGCCGGCACCGCGCUGAAGAGACUCAUGGCGGAGUAUAAACAGCUGACUCUGAACCCACCUGAGGGAAUUGUUGCAGGUCCGGCCAAUGAGGAGAACUUCUUUGAAUGGGAGGCUCUCAUCAUGGGUCCUCAGGACACUUGUUUUGAAGGUGGAGUUUUUCCAGCCGUCCUCAGUUUCCCGUCUGAUUAUCCUCUCAGUCCUCCCAAGAUGAGGUUCACCUGCGACAUGUUUCACCCCAACAUCUAUCCGGACGGGCGGGUGUGCAUCUCCAUCCUUCACGCUCCGGGCGACGACCCGAUGGGAUACGAGAGCAGCGCAGAGCGGUGGAGUCCGGUCCAGAGCGUGGAGAAGAUCCUGCUGUCUGUGGUUAGCAUGCUAGCAGAGCCCAACGACGAGAGCGGAGCCAACGUCGACGCCUCGAAGAUGUGGCGCGAGGACCGAGAGCAGUUCUACAAGCUGGCCCAGAAGAUCGUACGCAAGUCGCUCGGCCUGUAGAGACGAGCUGUGUGAGUCACUCUGUUCGCUUUGCAUCAGCAGACGGACGCUCGGACAACUAAACCCACCAACACGCACGACUGACUGUCCCUCGUUACCAUGGAAACACACACACAUACACACACACACACACACACACACACACACACACACACACACAGAGCGUGAGAGAUGCACAGAUCAAUAAACUGAUAGACGGUUGACUUGAAGCCGAAAACAGCAGCAGGUUUUAUUUUAAUCCGUUUUAAUUGAAAAUGUUUCUAAGAGACGUCAGCGGAGAGAAAGAAAGGGUCAUGUGAUCAUUCUCACUGCGACUUCAUCAUCAUCAUCAUCAUCAUCAUCACUGUUUCAACCUGCCUGAGAAUCAAAACAUUAAAGUAGAAUAAUGAGCUGAUUCACAGACUGUUAACUGCUCAGGCUGAUUAUAUAUUCAGACCAAAACAACCACGAAUAAAUAAAUCCUGCAUGAAAAAAUCCUUUAACAGUAAAAGUACAAAAGUAUCUGAUUUCAGUUUUUGGACUUUUUUUUAAAUCUUUGAUUUUUGCUGAAAUAUUGGGUUAAUUGAACACUUAUUGAUUGUUAAUGUGUUGUAUUUUAAAAGCUUGUUAUAUUAUUAAAAGUACCUCAAACUGUACUACAGUGAAGUACAAGUACUACAGCACAGUACUGCAGUAAAUGUACUUAGUUACUUUCCUCCGCUGCCUCCCGACCCUCCGAUGCUCCGCUCCUCUUUAUUCUCUGUUUGACUCUUUCGGCUCAAAGUUCCUCUCGGCUUCUCUCAGUUGGACUUUAUGCACUUUAUCUUCCUGCAGGACGUUUAAUCUCAUUGAAGCUCCACCUGGACUGAAAGUGGAGGAGCGUCUCCAGCUGAUGAUGCAGACUGACGUUUUAGUGAAGAGUUUCUUUUUAAUUUGUCUGUUGAUAAAAAAAGUUGUUCAUUAAAUAAAACACACUGAGGG